UCAUUCAUCAAUUUCUACGCUAGCUGUUGAGUCGCUACUGGAUAAUGUUUACAUUGUGUAAUUGUAAAUAAAAGAGACACCUUAUAACCACAAUUAUAAUUAAGCCGAGUAUACAAUUAACUUAAGUUAUAUUGAUGAUAAUUUCUUGAAGGAAAGUUCUUGAAUCUACAACCGAAUUUGAGCUAGUUAUCGACAUCAAGUUAUCACCUUGCUUAUUUAAGGACGAAAACAGAAUAAUCCUUGCCAGAAUUAAGAAAACGUGUUUUGUUUGUUUACAUUAGAAACCGCUUUAACACGAUAGUAAUGACUAGUCAUAGUCACUUCUAUUAUGAGUCAUGACGCGUGCCAUGCGAGGGAGUCAAUAACCAAGAAGUAAGGUUUGUCGCACUUAUCAUUGUAAUCAAUUUCAUGAUACAUUAACUUAUUAAAAUUUAUUCAUAAUACUCAUCGAAUGAAUCAGCUCUAAGAACUGGCUUAUCCAAAAUGGUUUACAAAUUAUGGCCGCCUUGAGAAAAUCUCAUUCAUAUUUAUAAAUAUAAAACAUAUAAACGGUGUUCAAGCCCCUAGUCGUAGUCUAAAAUAGAUUUUCCCAAUUCUAACAACGCCCAUACGAAAUUACUGGACGUGCGCCCCACAAUAAAAAAAACUGUAAGCUAUGACAACGAUCUGUCUACCUGGGUAAUUUUAUGCAUUGCUAACGAGCAGCGCCAAGUCGAUAUAAAACUCACUACCAAGUGGAAUUUCAUAACAGAACACAGCUGAACAUGCAUGCGAUUUUUCUAUUGACUACGAUCCUUGUAUGCGUUAUUGUAUUGCUGAAGUUAAGUUGGGGAGGCGGAGGUUUCCUUACCCAAAACUCAAGAAACGAAGAAUUGAUUGACAAGGAUCCAUCAACAUCAACUGAAUGGUUCAAAGAUGCAAUUAGGCACAGAGCGAAGGAAAACGAUUUAAAUACCAUUACCGACCAAGAUCUUCUAAAAUCAAAGGCAAGAAUCCAAAAGCUUCUUACUGUUCUUGGACAACAACUUGCAAGGGAUAACUAUACCAAAGAUUCACCAAUCAAAUCCGAAACCAAUGAUGAGCCAACUGAUGUCUUCAAUUGUAAUCCAGUUCUUGAGGAUGACUGCGACCCAGAUUCUAUUGGAACAAGACUAAGCGCAACUCUACUAAAGAUUCUGGCAUAAAAUAACUGAUUUGAUUAUCGGUAUCAACUGAGAAAAAGAUUAAUUAAGUUUCUAAUUUAUUAAAUUCAUAACACUACUAUUUCUCAAUUUGAUUUUUUUGAUUUGUGACUUGGUGCCUUUUGACUUUUCACACGCCGUAUGAAAUUUAAUCAAUUUGAAACCUGUUUCCAUCAUAUGCAUUACACAUUUAUAAAGUCUGACAAAUAGACUUGGAUUGGCAAAUAAUGAACUUCACGCAAGUAAAACAUCAAGAUCAUAGUGAAAAUGCGAUCGAUUGUAAGUUGUGAUAUACGAUACUUCCAAGUAAAGGAUACAAAUAUAAGAAAAAAAUCUAUUUAGUGUUUAAUUCUACUUCUUAUGCUUUUCAUAUUUGAUGAACCAUACGGCCUUAAAGAUGAUUUUGCAUUUUCAUGCAAAUGAUGUACCAACUAGUGCUACGCGUUAUAAUAUUAAACCCGUGGAUCCUUUUCGUAUA